AAAAGUCGCGGGACCCGGUCGAAGCAUACCGCCAGGAGUAUAGCAGGUCCAGCCGUCACAAUGCCCGGCUCAGGCAAGCAAUCGGUCGAGAUCCAGGAGCAGAUUAAAGAACUCCUCGAGGCUGGCUUCGACCCUACCACCAUCCACCGCAAGCUCAAGGUCGGCAGAAGCAGCAUCUAUCGCAUGAAGAGAUGUCUCCAGCAGCAUGGAACGAAUUACAUGCCUCCGGAGAUGAACAAGAAGAAUGGAAGACCUAAAGUGCUGACGCCGGAGCAGGAGCUGGAAGUGCGCGAAUGGCUUCGCGACCCCAAGAACCGGACGCGCUACCUCGACGACCUGGUGUGGCUGAUUCACGACCGCUUCGGAAUCGUUUGCAGUACGACAACGAUGUCCAAGAUGAAACGAAAGUGGCUGCGCGUAAUCGAUUUUGAGGAAAACGGUACUCCCAUAGACGACAUGACCAGAGCUCAACUCAUGGAGACUCAUCCAGACCUGCCUGUUUUGCAGCAAGCCGCGCCGGCACCAGCUGACAUGGGCGCGCCGAUCAAGACAAACGGCAACAUAGACUCCAGUCUGGACGCGCAGCUGAAUUUGCCAGACGCUUCUUUCGCUGCCGACGACCAAAACAAUGCAUAUCCAGAGCCUUCCACGUUUUCGGAAGUGCAAAGUACUUAUCCUACUGAGCCGUUGCAACCGAGCUUGUCGAAUCAUCUUCAGCAAUUGCAACAGCAGCAGCAGACCUACGAGGACUUUGAGGCAAGCCUUGGGGCUCAACAGCUGUCGCCUAGCUACGGCCAGAACCAGCAGGAGACUUCGCUUGAACAGCUGUCUGCGUUGACUCGGGCGGACGAUAUUGGGAACUAUGGACUACCGACAUCUCAGUAGUCCAUUGUCCAGAGAUAGAUCAGCUGGUCUUCCUUUACUGAGGAUCGACCUGCAAAGAUCGCCUGGGCUUGUAUAGGAUAUGGCGCACUCAUGCACACUUUGUAGCAUUGCAGGAUCCAUGAUAGUACACAGGAGCACAGUGCUAGGAACAGCAUGCGGUACCAUAUAACUCUGUUGAGCAUAAAUCAACAAAGAUUCCG